AUGCGGACAGUGAGCGUCUCCUCCCCUCACUGCAUUCACAGCACCUCUCCGCAGUGGGACCCCACAAAAGACCUGCGCACCAUCGCAAAAAACGUCUUCUACCUUGAUACCUCAGGUAAUGCAAAUGCAAUAUUCGAAAUGUGAACUCAGUCCAACAGGCUCCCUGAAACCCCAUCAUUGUUUGAAUAUUUUUCAUAAUUGCGUUUCAAUUCAUCCAGCCGACUGUUUACUACAGGCUUAUCAAUCAAAUCUAAACCAUUGAAUAAGUGAAUAACCUUUGACCUCUCUCUCUGCAGGCUGGUACUGGGGAGCCAUCACAGCAGGUCAGGCCCAUGCAGCUCUGCAGGCAGCGUCAGAAGGGGCCUUUCUGAUUCGAGACAGCAGCCAUCCCCUGUACAUGCUGACCCUGUCUGUUAGGACUGCCCGUGGCCCCACCAGUAUACGCAUACAGUACAGUGGAGCCCGGUUUCUGCUAGACUCCAGCUCGCCAGCCCGACCCAGCCUUCUGUCCUUCCCUGACGUGCCUAGCAUGGUGCAGUACUACGUGGGACCAGGGAGGAAGGUGGAGGAGACUCAUGGUGGCAAGCCUGCCCAGAGGACAGUUCAGGAGAGCACAGUACUGCUGAAGCUCAAGCGGGCCCUGCACAAGCCCCAGGCCUUCCCCUCCCUACAGCACCUCGCACGCCUCACCAUCAACUGUAGCACAGACUGUCCCGACCAGCUGCCCCUGCCACGCCCACUGGUGCGCUUCCUGCAGGACUACCCCUUCCAGGUAUGAGGGUCCUGUGAUCUACACGCCUAUGGAGGGCAGAGCUGAAUUAAACGAAACCGUUCAACUAAAUCUUGAGGAGCGCUGUCAGAAAUAGGUUCCUGGCAGCUGGAAACCACAUCACUGCACUGGUCAGUAAUAAAGCCACACCGGACAUAUGGUUGGUCUUGAGGGGGAAGUGGAGUUCUGCGUACUCUGCCGCAGGAGAUUCACUGGAAAACAAAACAUGGUGCUAACUAUAGUGUAUCCCCAUGUUAUGAGGGAUAUGCUCCCCACCCUCAUGUGCCGUGGGCAGUGAAUUGUUUUCCAGUGAGAUGUAUUUUCAAUGUUUUAUUGCUGUUUCAGUCACCAUUUGUCAUUUUUUACCCCCCAACUCUGUACAUAUCCCUUUUUCUAUAAAAAAGAAUAUUCAACAUGAGUCAUACUGCUUCUGUCUU